GCAGCGCGCCCUGCGCCCGAGCCGCAGUCGCGCCCUCUCGCUUCCUGGCGAAGGCGCGGACGGCGCGCGGAGGCGAGCGCGGUGGAGAGGAGCCCCAGGCGCCGCAGCGCCGUCAGGGCAUGAGGAUGGCCGUGGGCUCCGUCAAGAUGCAGCCGCCGUGCGAGAGCCCGGCCCUGGCCGCCGCGGCGGCGGUGGUGGCGGCAGACGGCCCCCUGCGCCGCAGCCCCAGCGCCCGGGAGCCCGAGCGUGAGCAGCCGCCGGCGUCGCUGCGGCCGCGGCUGAGGGACCUGCCCGCGCUGCUGCGGAGCGGGCUCACGCUGCGGAGGAAGCGGAGCGCCGCUGGGGGCCGGACUCUAUCAAGAAGAAUAUCUAAUCCGUACCUUGAACAUACGCCUUCCCAGAUUUAUGGAGAGAAUUCUUCCUGUGCAGGAAGAGCAUUAAGGAAUAUUAUUAUCGUUCAAGCAGCUGACCUGAUAAAGGACAGAGUGAACCUCAAGGGGUUUUACAGGAGGAGCUGCGUUGGGUCAGAACUGGUAGACUGGCUUCUAGAACACUGUCCUUUCGUCCAGUGCAGAUCUAUGGCCAUAGGAGUCUGGCAACUCCUACUGGACAUGGGAAUUAUGUUAUCAGUGGACCAGCAUCUGUACUUUCAAGAUACUUAUGUUUUCUACCAGUUUUCCUCUGAUGAAUGUAGCUACUUGUACUGUGAAUUUGAAAGAGAAGAAGAAUGGCAAAAUGGUGUCAAGCUUUUAUUGCAACUUGUGCCUCUCAUUCCUGCUAGAGGUGGCAUCUGUGAACUGUCUCAUCAGAAAAUUGAAGACUCCGAAGAAAGCAGCGAUGAAAUUCUUGUGCGUCUAACAUCUGCGAUGCAGAGAGAGCUAGCAGCUGUUAUUGCUUUGAAAGCAAGGAAGUCUGCAAUUGAACAAGAUGAAGAAAACAAUGACAAACACGUACCUGUAACAGAAGCCGAAAGUGUUCCAGAUUCUCAGGCAGGGGUGAUGUGCAAGCUUCAGGAAAGAGAUGAAAUCGGACGAAUUGAACUAGUCCAGAAGCUGGCAAAAGAAAACUAUCAGUUUUUGCAGACGGACAAAAAAGAACAGGAGAAGUCUGAACACCAAGAUGAUGAAGUGACGACUGUUCAGGUUAAAGAGCAAGACCGGAGCGUCCUGGUGCUGAAGAAAGUGCAGUGCUGUGGCCCAGCCCCCACAGCUGGGAGUGCGGAGAGCCAUUGGAGAUAUGUGGUGGUGUCCGGGACCCCGGAGAAGAUUUUGGAGCACCUUUUGAAUGACUUGCACCUGGAAGAAGUCCAGGACAAAGAAACAGAGACUCUCCUGGAUGACUUCCUUCUCACGUACACUGUCUUCAUGACAACUGAUGACUUGUGCCAGGCUCUGUUAAGGCACUAUUCUGCUAAGAAGUAUCAAGGCAAAGAGGAAAACUCAGAUGUUCCUCGUAGGAAACGUAAAGUUUUGCAUCUCGUUUCCCAGUGGAUUGCUCUGUACAAAGACUGGUUACAUGAAGAUGAACAUUCAAAAAUGUUUUUAAAGACCAUAUAUAGGAAUGUACUGGAUGAUGUUUAUGAAUAUCCAAUACUUGAAAAAGAAUUGAAAGAAUUUCAAAAGAUACUUGGAAUGCACCGUCGUCACACUGUAGAUGAAUAUUCACCACAAAAAAAGAAUAAAGCCCUUUUCCACCAAUUCAGUCUUAAGGAGAACUGGCUCCAGCAUAGAGGAACUGUGACUGAAACGGAGGAAAUUUUCUGCCACGUGUAUGUAACAGAGCACUCCUAUGUCAGUGUGAAGGCAAAAGUUUCCAGUAUAGCCCAAGAGAUCCUAAAAGUCGUGGCAGAAAAGAUCCAGUAUGCAGAAGAGGAUCUGGCUCUGGUGGCCAUCACAUUCUCUGGGGAAAAGCAUGAAUUUCAGCCGAAUGACUUAGUCAUCUCCAAAUCCCUCGAGGCAUCUGGUCGGAUAUAUGUCUACCGGAAAGACCUGGCAGACACUUUGAACCCAUUUGCAGAAAAUGAGGAAUCACAGCAAAGGUCGAUGAGGAUUUUGGGAAUGAACACUUGGGAUCUUGCUCUGGAAUUAAUGAAUUUUGAUUGGAGUUUAUUCAAUUCAAUUCACGAGCAAGAGCUGAUCUACUUCACGUUCAGCAGACAGGGAAGUGGGGAACACACUGCAAACCUCAGCCUUCUGCUCCAGAGAUGCAAUGAGGUCCAGCUUUGGGUGGCCACGGAGAUUCUGCUCUGCAGCCAGCUGGGCAAGCGAGUGCAGCUGGUGAAAAAAUUCAUCAAAAUUGCGGCUCACUGCAAAGCCCAGAGAAACCUGAAUUCUUUCUUUGCCAUUGUGAUGGGUCUCAACACUGCUUCUGUCAGUCGACUGUCACAGACCUGGGAGAAAAUCCCUGGGAAGUUUAAGAAACUUUUCUCUGAACUUGAAAGUUUAACAGAUCCUUCCCUAAAUCACAAAGCCUACAGAGAUGCAUUCAAAAAGAUGAAGCCACCAAAAAUCCCUUUCAUGCCCUUAUUGCUUAAAGAUGUAACAUUUAUUCAUGAAGGAAAUAAAACUUUUUUGGAUAAUCUUGUCAAUUUUGAAAAGCUGCAUAUGAUCGCAGACACUGUCCGAACCCUGAGACACUGCAGGACUAACCAGUUUGGUACUGAUCAUCUACUGUGUGCCAGGUACUACUCUAGGUGAUGGAAAAACAACUAUGAACAAAGAUCCCCCCCCCCUUUUUUUUUUUUUUUUUUGAGUCAGAGUCUCACUCUGUUGCUCAGGCUGGAGUGCAGUGGCACCAUCUUGGCUCACUGCAACCUCUGCCUCCUGGGUUCAAGCAAUUCUCCUGCCUCAGUCCCCCGAGCAGCUGGAACUACAGGCACCUGCCACCAUGCCCGGCUAAUUUUUGCAUUUUGAGUAGAGACGGAGUUUCACCAUAUUGGCCAGACUGGUCUCUUGGCCAGGCUGGUCUCAAACUCCUGACCUCGUGAUCUGCCUGCCUCGGCCUCCCAAAUUGCUGGGAUUACAAGCGUGAGCCACCGUGCCUGGCAAAGACCUCUUCUUCAUGGAGCUUUGAUCCAAGGAAGAAGAAAGAUAGGCCAUAAACAAAACAGGUAAGUAACAUGUAGCAGCACAUUAGGUGGAAAUAAGGUUCUCAAGAGCAAAAAAGCUAAGGCAGGGAAGGGCGUUAGGGAGUGCCAGACUCCCUAACUGGGUGGAAUUUUAAGUAGGGUAACUAGGAAAGGUCUUUAUUAUGAGUUUAACUGUGUCCCCCUAGAAUUUAAUAUUUAAAGUCCUAAUCUCUAAUACCUUAGAAUAUUACCUUUUUUGAGAUAGGGUCUUCACAGAGGGAAUCAACUGAAAAUGAGGUUUUAGGGUGAGCCUGAAUCCAAUGUGACUGGUGUUCUCCUAACAGGGAAAUUUGGAGACAGACACAGGCAGGGAGAACACUCAUGUGAGCAUGAAGGUGGCCACUCAUGCUGGGGGCGGGGGAUGGAGGGGAGUACCUGGAGCAGACCUUUCCUUCACAGCCCUCAAAAGCAACAGACGCUGCCAGCACCUUGAUCUCAGACUUUCAGUCUCCAAAACUGUGAAGCAAUACAUUUCUGUUGUUUGAGCCACCCAGCCUGUGGUAUUUUGUUACAGUAGCCCCGAGAAACUCACGUAGCUUUGCUGGGAAGACCUGAAGGAAGUGAAGGACCCACCCAUGCAAAUCCCUGGGGAAAAAGCAUUCCGAGCAGAGGGAACAUCAAGUGCAAAGGUGUCGAGCGUGCCCCUUGGAGUUCAGGGACCAGUGAGGAUCCUGGUGCAGCUGGGGCCAGUCAGGAAAGGAAGAGAAGCAGAGGAGGUCAGAGACAACCAGGGCCAGAUCACAUGGAGCCUUGAUGUUUACCUUAAGUCAGAUGAGAAACCACUGGAAGAUUUUAAGCAGAGAAGGACAUGACCACUCUGGCCACUGAAUUUCAGACCAAAUAGGGCCAAAGGUGGAAGUAGGGAAAUCAGUGAGCUUAUUGCAAUAAUACAAGCAAAUACAAUGGUGACUUCCACCAGGUGGUGGCAUGGGGUGGUAUGACAUAGAGUAAUUCUGGAUAUAUUUAGGAAGAUACAUCUGAUAUGGUUUGCUGAUAAAUUAGAUACGGAGAAAGAGAACAGUUAAGACUUGACCGCAAGAUUUUUCGUUUGACCAGCUGAAACCAUGGAAUUGCAACUAAUUGGAAUGAAAAAGAUCCUGGAGAUGGCAGGUUUGAAGGAGAAUAGCGGGAACUCAGUUCUGGACAUAUUUGGCUUGAGAUGUCCAUUAGAUAGACAUGGACUGGAACUAACAAUAGUCUCUUUGUACCAAGUCUGACUUGUAUGCUUGAUUUAGGGGCCCUUCUACAUCAUCCACCUCUGGGAUUUCACCAGAGUCAAAGCCAUUCUGUGAGCUGGGGUGUUGUGCUGGAUGAAUACUUGCUAAAUAAUGAUGCUUCAAACCUCCAGGUCCAAGCUCCAAGCAUUGUCAGCACAGCCAUGUGGAGCAACUUCGAUGCAUAGAACCUCUUCAAGUCCAACCAAAUAGACACCACUGACUUGGGCAACAAGCCAUCUCAGGGGCAACCACCGCAUGGGGCUCUCGACGCUCUUCUUCUAGCAACCAUCCUUUCAACUUUGACUUCACAGUUUGUUUAGUGCUGCCUUCUCAUUUGGGCUUUCCUUCCCAGAAGAAAUGUAGAAAUAUGAAUUACACUUCUGUCGUUAGAGAUUCCAGAGGCUUCAGUUAGCCAAGCUGAAAUAAAAUCUGUCUAAAAGACAUGUGGUAAUAGGCCUUUGAAACAAGCUUCGAGGUGGCCCCAGACAUUCGAUUCCAAUUUCACUUUGCAUAGCCAGAAACAAACUUGUACCUCAAUGGGAAAGAACUUUUCAGGCAGUCAAUUAUUUUUUUAUGUUACCUUCUUUUGUCAUCAAAAAAUGACCUGGAUCUCUUCUCUCCUCCUCACUUAAGUAACUUUUCUUCAUGUCCUGGGUCAUGCCCCAGGAAUUUUUAUCUACGAAGUGCUCAGCCUGGCGCACAAUGCACAUUUGCUGCUUAAUAAAUAUUUGUUGACUGAGAUGCGUGCUGCUGGCAUGACCAAAAUGUGAGACAUUAGCGACAUCUGCUGGGGACAUGGUGAUGCUGUGCAGAAUUUGUCAGAAAUGCAUGUUCUUGAAGGGCUGAGUUAAAUCAAAUGCCACAAUGGGACACUGUUGGAAGCUUGUGUCUACAGUGAUGAGGCCAUGGCUUUGCAGCUCUUCCUUACCAGGACGUGGUCCAGUGGGUUAUUGUUCUCCAACAAUAUAAUGCAGCCUUGUUUUUUUUAGAUACAGAAAUCAAGGAGAUGGAAAAGGAGCUGAACUGGGGAAAGCUGAGGUUUGCACAGGUCUGUUGGCUCCUAAGAAAAUGAAGAAAGUGAGGGCAAGAGAAGGAUGGAGAAGCAGGUCUCCAGUCUUCCCCCACUCCGACCCCUGGCCCUCAGGAGAAAGUGCAAGUGCCCAAAAGCGACUUCCCAGCCACUGUCCUUCCCCAGCCUCACCUCUGGCUUCUGCUCCCUGUCCCUACCCCACACCCCCCGGGGCACAUUCCUCAGCUCCACUCCAGCCCAGCUAAAACAUUCAGGCACUCACCUCCAGGCCUUUGAGCUUAUUUGUUCAACAGCCAAAUAUCAAGUGGGGACUUGGGAACACUAGGAGGCGCUGUGCUAAACACGGGUAUACAUUCCAGAGCCAGUCCAGGAAGUGUGGUUCCGGAACGGGUGGAGCUUCUGGUAUAGUGGAUGUGGACUUUCUGGCCUGGAUCUCCUCUCUCCUCCUCACGUAAGUAACUCUUCUUCAUGCCUCAGGUCUCAGCACCCCCAGAAAACCUGCACUGGCCCCUCUAGCCUACACCAGAUUCUCCCCAACCAAGCACCCUCCUAACACCUGGCUUUACCCCUCUCCAACCAAGUCAGAGCCUCUGGACUAGUUGGCCUCCUCCUCACCUCCCAAUACACUAGAUGUCCCCUCAAGCACCGGCUGCCUUCUUUACAUUUAUGUAUCAGUGUUCAUCACAAAACCAGAACAAGGUAGGUACUUCUGUGGUCCUGGAAGAGCUAUGGUAACUGUCAUAGACCCAGGAAAGAUGCCGUUUACUACCCAGAGGUGCUGCGGUGAGUGACAGGAGACUCAGCAGCAUUGUCACAUCGCAGAGCAAACCCUGCCUGCUGGGCUUCCAGGCUAUGUGAAGGUGGAGAUAACCGAUGACCUGCUUGAUUAAGUGUGGAGCCCAUGGGGCUGGUAGGGGUGCCAGGGCUUCAGAUCUCUUCCACUGUUCUGGGGUCUGCCUGUCCCAGGAACUGGCAGCAAUUCCAACACAUUCCUGAGCACUUAUUGCUAAGGUGAAUCCAAGUUCACGUUCCCAGAACAGGUUCCGAGUCAAGCACGCCAGAGGUCUGUGCCAGCUGCACUUGGUCUAGGAGGCCUGGAACCACCAUCAGCCCAUUCUUCCUUGAGGCUCCGGAACAGCGUGGGACAUUAGCUGAGCUGUGCUCCGAAGCAAUUCUCUCACUGAUUAGGGCUGCCGAGAGUCCCAUCCUCUGCUCACCUGUCAAUCAAUCAAGCCUCUUCACUGCCAUCCUGACCAUCCUGUCAGGGCUGAUCACCUUGGCUGCUCACAGAACCCCUGAGGACUGAGAAUUUCCCAGAUUCUCACAAUGACUGAGCAGCCCUGCUUCUCCGGACCUUUGUAAGCAUCUGGAACAUGCCCAGGUGUGCCAGGUGUGGCCUCCAUGGCCUGCCACAGGAGGGGGCAGGGAGAGUGCAAAGACUGAAUCAGACAAAGACUAAGCUUUGUUUCUGCCCCUUCUCCACCCUUUUUUCCCAUGCAAGAGUCUCAAAGGCAGAUCCAGAAGGAAAAGUCAGCAACAUUCCACCAUUCAGUUCCUUUUCUUGGCCCCAAUGUGUGCCCUGGGGCCCUUUCGUUCUUUGGCCUGGGUAGCGUGUGUGGCCACACGCUGCUGAAAAGUUCAGGGUCAAGAUGCUGGGAGCUGCUAGUGGCGCUAGAGGAAUUCAUGUUUUCCAUUGUGGAUUAAAAUACCCAUUUGCCUGCGGCUGAGCUUCCCCUCCGAAUCCAAUAGGUCAAUAAGGACCAAGGACAAAGCACAAACAGGGCCUAGAAGCCAAGAGAUGUCGAUAAAAAUGGAGAUAAAUAGGCACUUCAGUGCGGGCAGGCCGUGGGUGUGGGGCAUUGUCCCUUCUCUGGCCGGCAGUGCCUGGCCACUUUGUCUCCAAACAGUGCUUCCAUUUUAGAGAUGCCAGAUUGGUUUGGACCCAAAGCUUGACUGUUGCGGGGUGGGCUGAGGUGGGAGUGGGGAUGAUUCACACAGAAAAAAAAAAAAAAAAAAAAAAAGGCAUCCUCCUGGGUGCCAGAUGUGGCAGGUCCUCCAUUUCUUUCCUGUACAAAGCCCUCCCAAUGCGGAAAACACUCCUUUUUGACUGUGUUACUCUUCUUUCCUUUUAAGAAAAUAAGUUCCCAAUCUGGGUUUUUUAAACAGUGCAAAUGCUGGCAUUUCAGAGCUGCUUUAGUGUCUUCAGCUAGAUGUUGAAAAGAACACCGUCUUCUCUCAUUAUUUCCUCUGCCCCUCAGUUUAGUUCAUGUAGAGCUCUAAUUGAAAGAUCCCAGCUGGGUGCAGUGGCUCAUGCCUGUAAUCCCAGCACUUUUGGAGACUGAGGCGGGUGGAUCACGAGGUCAGGAGAUCAAGACCAUCCUGGCUAACACGGUGAAACCCCAUCUGUACUAAAAAUACAAAAAAUUAGCCGGGCGUGAUGGCGGACGCCUGUAGUCCCAGCUACUCGGGAGGCUGAGGCAGGAGAAUGGCAUGUACCCGGGAGGCAGAGCUUGCAGUGAGCCAAGAUCGCGCCAUUGCACUCCAGCCUGGGCGACAGAGCGAGACUCCAUCUCCAAAAAGAAGAAGAAAAGAAAGAUCCUUGGAGUAUGAGUCAGGAAACACAGGUUCUGCUCCCACCCUACCAUCCUUCUGGCACUGUGACCUUUGGGCAAGUCAUCAUCUCUGAGUCGGAUUUUCUAACAUUCCGUGACUAUGCAGAAUCACAGGAUGGGAGGAGGCAUGGCUUAGUUAGUUCACGGGGUCGCUAUGUAAUAAAUGUUUGAUUAUGUAUUGGUGACCUCAUUCAUGCAUUCAUCAGAUAUGCCAGGGAUCACAGCAGGCAUGAAGAUACAAAGUGAAAUGAGAACAGUCCCUGCCCAUGAACAGGCAGCAUGACAACAUGAUGGACAGAGCACGGAUUUUCUGAGGGAUACAGCCAGGGCCCACCCUUAAUUAGCUUCAUGAGCUCAGCUAAGUUUUUAUAACUUCUCUGAGCCUUGACUUUCUCAUCUGCAUGAUGGAUUAUUUUAUAGGUUGACCACUCGUCCUGGUUUGCCUGAGACUGAAGGAUUUCCUGGGACACAGAACUUCCAAUGCUGAAACCUAGAAAAUCCCAGGCAUAUCAAGAUGAGCUGGUCACUUAGAGGACAGAUGAAUUGAAAUGACAUAUAGAAAUGGACUCACACUGUGCCCUGCAUCUAAUAGCUGCUCUAUAAAUGUAGUCACACACAAACGUGCUCCUCACAACAUGGUAAAGGAAAAAUAAAAUGAAACAAACAGGUGAGUGCAAAAUAAUUGCAGUUUUUGGAUUAUUGGAAUUUGCUGUUUAAUACUGGAAUACAUUCUUAAAUGAAUGUGGUUAUGUUAUACAUCAUUUUAAUGGGCAUUUCUUGCUUUAUGUUUGCUAAUGACUUAUCACUUGCUGUUUAUUUUAUGUGUAUUUUAGACUAUAGAAAUGAUGUUAGACAUAAAGCAAAUUCAAGUGGUUUUCUUAUUCGAGUUCAGAAUGGGUUGUAAAAUAGCAGAGACAACUCUUAACAUCAACAACACAUUUGGCCCAGGAACUGCUAACGAAUGUACGGUGCAGUGGCAGUUCAAGGAGACGAGGAGCAUAGUGGUGGGCCAUUGGAAGUUGACAAUGACAAACUAAGAGCAAUCAUCGAAGCUGAUCCUCUUACAACCACACAAGAAGUUGCUGAAGAACUCAACAUCAGCAUUUGAGGCCUAUUGGAAAGGUGACAAAGCCCGAUAAGUGGGUGCCUCAUAAGCUGAUCGAAAAUCAAGAAAAUCAUCAUUUUGAAGUGUCUUCUCUUAUUCAAUGCAACGGCAAACCAUUUCUCAAUUGGAUUGCCACAUUGCGACAAAAAGUGGCUUUUAUACAACAAUUGGUGAUGACCAGCUCAGUGACUGGACCCACGAGAAGCUUCGAAACACUUCCCAAAGCCAAACCUGCACCAAAAAAGAUCCUGGUCACUGUUUGGUGGUCUACGGCCGGUCUGAUCCACUGCAGCUUUCUGAAUCCCAGCGAAACCAUUACAUCUGAAAAGUAUGCUCAGCAAACUGAUGAGAUGCACCGAAAACUGCAAUGCCUGCAGCCGGCAUUGGUCAACAGAAAGGGCCCAAUUCUUCUUCAUGACAAUGCACAACCAAAGCUUCAAAAGUUGAACAAAUUGGGCUACAAAGUUUUGCCUCAUCUGCCACAUUCGCCAGACUUCUCGCCAACUGACUACCACUUCUUCAAGCAUCUCGAUAACUUUUUGCAGGGAAAAUGCUUCCCCAACCAGCAGGAUGCAGAAAAUGCUUUCCAAGAGUUCGUCGAAUCCCGAAGCAUGGAUUUUUACAUUACAGGAAUAAACAAACAUUAAUCAUUGGCAAAAAUGUGUUGAUUGCAAUGAUUCCUGUUUUGAUUAAUGAAGAUGAGUUUGAGUCUAGGUCUAAUGAUUUAAAAUUCACGGUCCAAAACCGCAAUGACUUUUGCACCAACCUACGCUAAGGCAGCUAAGGCAGCACACAGGAGAGAGGAACUCUGAGAGGAUCCCAGGGAGCUGGAUGGUGAAGGAGGAGUUGGAGUUGAUUAGGUGAGGAAUGAUGAUUGGGGAGGUGCUUUCUGUGUAUGGAAUGUUCAUAAAUGCAUGAAAGCUUAAGAGCUUACAGCCUGGGGUGCCCUGUGUGGCUAGAACUAAGCAGGUAAGAUCUCAAAGGUAAAUCUGAUUCAUAUCAGAGAGGCCUAUUGUAAUUCUAAUGAAUUUGGACUUCAUUGUUAAGGUCUCCAAACACUUUUGAUGAUGCAUUCCUUUGGUGAAGACAAAAAGAAAGGUACCCAUAUCUUUCCCAAUAUAAUACAUGUUAUGAAUAAUGUACAUGUAUUGUGUAAAUAAAGCAUACAAAAAAUACAAGUGUUUAAAGGAUCAAAUUAAAGGUAAAUACAAACAACA